ACUAAAUAGUUACCUUGUAGCCGACAUCAAGCGGAAAAGGGGGAGAAUUGUUUUUAUAAACAUAGACGUUAAUGUUUAGUAUGUCAACAACCUUUUUAUUUUUAUAUGAAUGAAGCAAACUGACUGUUGUACCUCACCGAUGUGGAUACCCCUUUCCUACGAGUAACACAGUCCAGCGCUGACAGUCUAGGGGGAGAGCAUCCCGAGACUGGACACGUUGCCAUUGGACGCCCGGCCCCCUUCGACAGACCAUGAACUGAAGGCCCCUCCGCCCGGCACCUCCGCUUUUUUUUCUCCUUCGUUUUGCCGCGGGAGUGAGAACGCCCAGCCUGCCAGCUGAGAGACAGAGCCCAGAGCCCAGUCACUGCUGAUACAGCCCCCCCCUCCUCCUCCUCGCCAGAGAGCCACGCUUACCUGCGACCUGCCAGCGCCCCUCGCCUCUCCUGCCACCGCCUUGCCACCAUGGGGAGGAAAAAGAUUCAGAUUCAGAGGAUCACGGACGAGCGCAACAGACAGGUGACCUUCACCAAGCGGAAGUUCGGCCUGAUGAAGAAGGCCUACGAGCUGAGUGUGCUGUGCGAUUGCGAGAUCGCCCUCAUCAUCUUCAACCACUCCAACAAGCUCUUCCAGUACGCCAGCACCGACAUGGACAAGGUGCUGCUCAAGUACACCGAAUACAACGAGCCGCACGAGAGCCGGACCAACGCCGACAUCAUCGAGGCUCUGAACAAGAAGGAGCAUCGGGAGUGCGAGAGCCCGGAGCCUGAGGAGGCCUUCCCCAUCACCCCCCGCACCCAAGAGAAAUACAAAAAAAUCGAUGAGGAGUUUGAUAAAAUGAUGCAGAGCUAUAGGCUGUCAUCGGCAGUCCCGCCACCUACUUUCUCCAUGCCCGUCACAGUCCCUGUGUCCAAUCAGAGUACACUACCGUUCAGCAACCCCGGCAGCGCCCUGGUAACCACCUCCUUUGUGACAUCGUCACUCUCAGAUCCGCGCCUCCUGUCGCCACAGCAACCAGCCCUGCAGAGGAACACAGUGUCUCCAGGGUUACCGCAGCGACCGGCCAGCGCAGGUGCACUUUUGGGAGGUGACUUGAACAACUCGAAUGGGGCAUGCCCAAGUCCAGUAGCAAACGGGUACAUCAGCGCUAGGGCCUCUCCGGGCCUCCUCUCCGUCUCCAACGGCAACAGCCUGGGGAAAGUAGUCCCGGCCAAGUCUCCUCCUCCACCUAGCCCCCAGAUGGUGAACAGCCGCAAGCCAGAGCUCCGGGUCAUCACCUCACAGAGUGGCAAGAGCCUGAUGCAGCUGACGGACGAGGAGCUGGAGUUGGUGAGUGAGAAUGCUCAGCGAUUGGGCGGCUCUCAGGUGGCACAGCCGCUCACCACACCAGUGGUCUCCGUGGCGACGCCCAGUCUCCUGACACAGGGGCUGCCCUUCUCCGCCAUGCCAACUGCCUACAAUACAGACUAUCAGCUGACAAGCGCAGAUCUAACGGCACUCCAGGCCUUCACAUCGCCGGGUGCCCUGCCGCUAGGCAACGUGUCCACAUGGCAACAGCAGCAGCAGCAACAACAGCAGCAGCAGCAGCAACAACAGCAGCAGCAGCAGUCUGUAUCCCAGCAACAACAACAGCAGCAGCAACAGCAGCUCAGCCUGGCAUCACUCAGCAACUUGGUCAUGUGGGGCAUGGACAAACAGAGCGCAGAGGUGUCUAACUGCAUCUCCAAUAUCGCUGCCAACCUGAGCAUGUCAUCGCAGUCAAACUUACUCUUGGGCAGGGAGGAGUGGCUGAACCGGCCCGUGGCUCACAUACCUCAGGGCGCCACGCUGACGGUCAACACCAACCCCAACGUGAGCAUCAAGUCGGAGCCCGUGUCGCCCAACCGGGACCGCAGCACGCCCAGCUCCUCGGCGGCGGGCGUGCUGACGGCCGCCCCGCAGUACCCCGGCGCCCUCCGCCUGGAGCCCACCGGCCGCUCCCCUGUCGACAGCCUGAGCAGCAACGGCAGCUCCUACGAGGGCAGCGACCGCGACGAUGGCGCUCAGCCCCGCCAGCCGGCCGACUUCGGCCCUGCCAUGGGGCUCCUGAGGCCUUCGGGGGAGGGGGAGCAGGAGGGCGCCAACGUCAAGCGCAUGAGACUAGACACCUGGGUCACCUAAGAACAAAAAAAACGGGCAAAAUCUUUGCAAGACCCACUCCCCCGUGCCCCCUCCCCCUCUGCCCCCCGCCCUCUACUUCCCAUCCCCACCUACCCUUCACUACCAUACCUCCACUCCCCUCUUUUCCCUCCCCCCCUCCAGCACUCGAGGGCUGAGCCACCAAACCAGGGAUCUACUUU